CGCAUAGGAACGAAUGCCAAAGAUACGGCAAAACGUCUUGCAAAGCUUAUGAGUGCCAGGCUGGUUUCGAGUCAUACACAGAAUGAGCAGAAAGAUCCUGCCUCCAAUCGAAGUAGCGUUCGGCGGUACUAUUAUAUCGACUACCCACUUUUUUGUAAUUUGGUGAAGUUUGGGAUUGCCGAUAUGCAUAGGGUUAUUGAUGAGAAACUGCGGAACGAACUUGCGGACAAGGGAUACAUCUGUCCGAAUUGUAAGAAAACAUUUGCCAUGCUGGAUGCGUAUCAGCUUGCGGAUCCAUUCCGAGGGGGUUUGUUCUUUUGCGACCUCUGUGGGACGGAAGUGGUGGAUAACACUGACGGUGUUGGGAUGGGGGAGAGUGGCAGUGCGGCGGGAAGGGAGGAUAGGAUGCAGAGAUUCAACAAGGGGACUGAGACAAUUCAAAGUUUAUUGAAGAAGACGGAUGAGAUCAAGUUCCCAAGCUUUGAUAUUGCCCAAUGGGUGCACGCGCAUAACGUCGCCGCGCACAUGGCCGCUAAUGCGCUACCAAGUGGUGCCGGGGGUGCUUUGGGCACUUCCGCCAUGGGGAAACCAGGCGAUGGACUGGCUAUUGCUGGUGCACAUGGGACAGGAGCACCGCAUACUCAGAAAGUUAGUGUGGAGAUAAUUGAUGAGAAGGAUAGCGAAGAGCGAAAGAAGGCACUGGAGGCUGCUGCGUUGGCUACGAGGCAACAGAAUGCGAUGCCAGCCUGGCAUACCCAUUCCACUGUUUCUGGGGAAGUCACGGCUUUGGGUCUGAAGGAAACUGUUCAGCCUGCACCAUCGGCAUUAUCCCCUCUGAUGAGCAUGGAGGACGAAGAAGAAAAGAAAGAUGUCAAGCCGACAUUUGGUUUGGCGACUGAUGUUGACAAGGCUGAAUAUUAUUCGCGAUACUAUGCCCAACUGGAAGAAAAGCGGCAACAAGAAGAAGUUGGGGGCGAGCCGAGUGUGGGUGGACUGUAUUUGCCAAAUGUGGCGUCUAAAAAACGUCUGCGAGAUGAAGAUGAAGGAAUUGAAACGUCUCGUGGCGAGAGUGGAGGUGAUGAGGGAAAGCGUGGCGUCAUUGUGUACGUUGCCGGGGAACCGAUGGAUCUUAAUGACGUCACUGACGACCAUCAUGACCUUAUGACACCGGAGGAAUAUGAAGCGUACUUCCAGGUGCUGGCUGCUCAGUAACACGCUGUGUCAGUAUCAUUAUCCGAGUUUGCGUGCACUCCGCUCCAUGGUGGAAAGCUGUAGGCUCUUAUCUACAUUUCCAUCUUGCAACCUUUUCGUAUCAUUAUUACUUCUCUUCAUAUCCACAUUCGCCUUCAGACUGCUAAUGUAACUUUGGCGGUUAUCAUUCAGAAAUGGCUCAACGGUGCUGUGCGAUACAAAUCAGGUCCGGCCAAUACAUACACUGUUGCUGUGUUCCGCGAGAGUAAAUCAAAGUGGAAGGGGAUAAUCAUCAUCACCGCCGAGGAGCGCAGACCACCACAACACAACACCUGAGAGCAUAAUACCAGCAUUC